AGCUCCAUUUCACUUCCACUUUUAUCCCUACCAGGAAGGGACAGUUCCUUCUUAGUGACAGAUGUCCUUUCUGGAAAUGAGAGGAGGGCAGGGUGUUGACUGAGCCAAAACAAGGUCAAGGAAAAGCUUGCACACAAAGAAGUUUUUCCUCCUGAGGAAUUGUUAGGCAAGUGGUGCAUAUGGACUGCUAGUUCUCCUAUGUGGGAUGAUUUUGAGGCCUCUGAACAGAUACCUAGAGAGCUGGCUAAUGAAAUGGAGAAUGGGGAGAGGCUCAUUCUCAUCCUGGCUAUUUAUUCUUGUGCUGUUUGCUCCCAGGGAGAUCCUGACAGCCAAUCACAAGCAUGAAUUGCAAUUCAUUGCAGUGGGCACAUCUCAAGGUCUCUUGGAGUUAAGUGCUAUUGCCUUCAUUGAUGACAUUCAAUGGGCUUCCUAUGGCAAACCACUCCAGCAGAUAAAAGUGAAGCAUGCCUGGAUCUCUGAAGCUUUGGGGAGACAAUUCCUCAAGGAGAUGCAAUACCAGAUGACAGACCAGGAGGAAGGUUACCACCGCUUCAUCCAGCACUUGACAAGAAAUGACAGGAGUAAGAAUCAUCGCACUUUGCAGUUUUAUCUAAAUUGUGAAUUAAAUGAAGAUAUUCCCUUGAAAUACCAUGUAAAGUAUGGUUUUGAUGGAGAAGAUUUUAUUGAGACAAAUGAGAAAGGAAAAUGGAAGGUCUUGCACCAUUGGGCUAUUGGCUCUGAAAUCUUUUUUGAAAGUCCGGCCGUCUUCGAACAGUUUAAUAAGAUAUAUUGCAUUGGAGUCAUGCAGAAAAUCCUUCAGAAGUCAAGCUUGAAAGAGAAUCGACCACCCGACAUGUAUGUGUCCCACCAAGAAUUCCCUAAUGGCACCAUCACCUUUUCCUGUACAGCCACAGGCUUCUACCCACAAGCUAUCCAGAUGUCCUGGAAGAAAGCUGAUAAUGGAACCAUAGUGGGGAAAGAGGACUCUAGUGGUAUACUUCCCAAUUCUGAUGAUACCUUUUAUCUUCAAAUCUCCCUGGAGGUCCAGCCAGGAGAGCUUAGAACAGGUUAUGCUUGUGUGGUGGAUCACAGUCAGCUGGAGGCACCAGCUGUGCUCCCUGUUCAUGAGAAGCCCACCAAGGGGAAUAUUUGGGUUGUUGUCCUGAGCAUCCUGAUAGCAGCCAUUCUGUUGAUUAGCUGUUUUGUAAUCUUCAGGAAAUGGAGGAAGACAUGAUCAAGUUUGUACCAUUAGAUAUGUUUGUUUGUUGGAAAGGAAGUAUGGCAUAAUGGAUAGAGAAGACCUGUAUUCAAAUCUGAUCUCUGACACAAACUGGCUGUAUGUUCCUGGCCAAAUCACUUAACCUCUCCAUACCUUAGGCAAUUUUCUAAUACUUUAAAUUCCAGGGAAGAUACUUAUCUCCAGUGGUAAAAAUUUUUUUCUUACCUGUGUUUAGCAGAACGUUUGCCACCUAAUAAGCCCUAAAAUAAAGGUCUGUUGUCGACUCACUGAUCUGGGAAUUCCUUUCACCAGUAAAAUCACAGGUCCAGUGCCUUUAACUAUAUUUGGUUUGUAGCUCAAUUGCAUUUCUGACUGUAUUUAUCCUCUACUCUCCAAAUAAAGAAUUUAAAAGA